AGUUCCUCAUAGGAGGAGAGUUUGAGUUGUGAAUGUUGGGUGUGGGAUGUUAGUAAAACCUCGACAUGAGCCAAGCCUCAACACAUUCUUGUUCUGGUUGUCUGAAAUACAUAAUCUAAGACGCUUAAAUACCCUAAGGUGCAGCAAUGAGAAGGCGAAACGUGGAGAAGAUAUCUGUACUUCUGACCGGUGUUAUAUGCUUGGCAGUAAUCUUAAACAAAACCAACCUCGAAGAAAAUGGGGAAUUCAACAGCGUAGAUACAUCUAAAGUAAUACGCCGUGCAAUUAAUGUAUCCCUGUCGUUACCUCCCCAGCCUUCAGCUUGUAAACAGAACGAGUCUGCUUCAAAAGUGGAUGGAUUUUCUACCCUGCCAGAUUAUAUCCAAGAUUUUCUGCUUUACCGCCACUGCAGGAGUUUUCCCAUGCUGUUAGAUGUUCCUAAUAAAUGUGGAGGCCCUCAAAACUCAGCAGAUGUCUUUCUUCUUCUGGUCAUCAAGAGUUUGCCUGAAAAUUACGAUCGUCGUGAAGUCCUGAGGAAAACGUGGGCUCGGGAACGAACGUACAAUGGCGCAAAGGUCCGUAGAGUCUUCUUGGUCGGAACGUCCGGAACUACCUUUGAGAAAACGAAGCUGAAUCAUCUUCUGACGCUUGAAAACCGCGAGCAUAAAGAUAUUUUACAGUGGGACUUUCACGACUCAUUCUUCAACCUGACUUUAAAGCAGAUGCUGUUCUUGGAGUGGAUGGAACAGUGGUGUCCGCAAGCAAGAUUUCUCUUAAACGGCGAUGAUGAUAUUUUUGCCAACACGUUUAACAUAAUCGAUUUCCUACGAGGUCAGCAGGACAACGACGGAAGCAAACAUCUGUUUUCAGGGCAUCUCAUACAGAACGUAGGACCGAUAAGAGAACACACAAGUAAAUACUUCAUCCCAGUGCAAGUACAGGAGUCUGAAAGAUAUCCGCCAUACUGUGGCGGUGGGGGCUUUCUUCUAUCCGGCUUUACGGCCCGAACGAUAUACAACAUGUCUCAUUCUAUUACACUGCUGCCCAUUGAUGACGUUUACAUGGGAAUGUGUUUGGAAAGGGCUGGCCUCAAACCCGCAUCCCACUUCGGUGUACGGACUGCCGGUCUAUCGUUGCCAUCCACGAACGUCGACCAAUAUGACCCUUGCUAUUAUCGAGAAAUCAUUUUAGUCCAUAGAUUUAUGCCACUCCAGAUUGUUUUGAUGUGGAAUGAAAUACAAAACCCAAACUUAUAUUGUGGAAAGUCAGUGUUGUCUGUUUAAAUCAGUCCAUACUCCUAAAAACAGGAUCUGGUAUGUAUGGCAUUGUGCACUUUAUCUCUAACAUUGCAACUGAAACUGAUGCAACUGAUUGUGCACCUAUAUUAGUUACCUUGUGGUGACUCGUAUCUUUAUAUCUGGACAUUUUUACAUAUCAUUUUAAUACAGCAAUUCCACGUAAGGAGGUUGAAUAAGAGACAGUGAAUUAUUAAAGAGGGACACAGUUUCAGUUCAGUAGCUCAUGGAAACAAAUAGACUUUUACUAUACUGUAGGAAACAAGCCUGGAGGCUUUUACAUAUCCAAAAACUCUGAAUGUGUGUGAAUGUGUGUUUUGUAUGCAAGAUAAGAGGAUAUGUCUUUUCAGUCUUUAUAGUCUGAUUUUGAUAUUUGAUUUCCUCUUUUUUAAACUAUUACGUUUCUAAUUUAUUAUCUUGUCUGUAAUGUUUUAGAUCUGUAUUCAUAAAAAAAAUAAUGAAUUUUGUUAAAAACUUUUUGACGAUUGUCUGCUUUUGUUUUUUAUCUGAUGCUUUUUUAUACAACGUUUGCAAAAACUAUUUACAAUAAUGCCUUUAAUGGUAAGCAAGUAAAUGUUUGUGAAGUAGUAAGGGUGAGGGGGGCACGAACUAACGCUGGGUAAGAAAUUGUAACAGAUUUUUACAUACUGUUAUUGGGCCGAGCAAUCUGAGCAUUUCGAUUUUUAUCUUAUGAAAUUGUAGAAAGUUUUGAUGUGUUUUUGUUCAUAUUUUUUGACUGCAUGAAAGUACAUUUUUUCAUCAAAUAUUUUUUUCUCCAAUUUCUGAGUUGUAGAUUUUUUUUGUCUUAAUUGUGUGGCCCUUUUAAAAUAUCUAUAUGCAUUGAUGUGUGGUAACGAUAGAUGUACAAACAAUAUCCAUAUACUGUAAAAACACCUAGUUGCACUUAAAUGUUUAAGUUUAAACAACUUGAAUUACUCUUUUUUUUUGACUAGUUAGAAGUUGUAAUAUAAAUCCAUUCAACAUUUUAUAACUGAGUGCGUUUACAUGCACAGUCUUACGCCGAUUAUGCUUAAUAAACUGAUAACACGUGGGGUCAUGUAAACGCGUAAAGCGGUUUUCUUUAAUCGGGGAAAGCCCAUAAACAGCGUAAGCAAAAACCGAUCGGCACAGGUAGUUUUUUGCUCAUUACGCCGAUUUCGCGUGGCAUGUAAACACCUUAACCGGCUUUCUCACGGUUUUGUGCAUGUGCGCAUGUCUCCGCGUAUGAAAGAUAAACAUCACACGCGGAAGUAAGCGCAAAGUAAUGCAUAAAAGUCUCCGCUCGACUAAAGCAGUUGGCAGAGAAACUGUGAAAAUAAAAGCUCAUGUUACAUUUACAGGUUCUGCAGACACGAGGAGAGAUACAACAGUACAGCUUAAGACAGAUAUGUCGUUGGCUUUUUGAUCGACUGUUAUGUACUAUAGGUGGUGACGUCACUGCCUGCGAGAAAACUGAUAAUUCUUCAAGUCCCAUGUAAACGCAGUUGUCUGCAUAGCCGGUUUAUUGAUUUGCAUGUAAACGCAUGAAAACAGUUUUCUAUAAUAAGCAGAUUUUUAAUAGUUAUCCACUUAUUAUGUGCAUGUAAACGCACUCAUACCAACUCCUCACUAGUCAAGAAAGUUGAAAUGAAUUGUUAAUUCAAGUUAUAUAAAUUUAAGUGCAACAAGGAAGUUUUCAGUGUAUAGACAGCAUAGUAUUGAAAUAUUUGAGUUUAAAAAUAAUUUUCUUGAAAAAGUGUUACAACAAACCCUUUGCCUGUUACAAUAAACCCCACACCUAUGGUGUAAGUUGUAACAUUUGCACGUCUGUCAUUUUUAGUGUAAUUGUAUGAGAAUGAUUGAAACAAACUUUAAGUGUUAAUUUGUAGCAGAAAUGUGUGUGUGUUGUUUGUGUGAAAAUGUGUUUAUUCUACACUGUCAGAAAAAUGGUACAAAUGUACCUUUUUUCUUUUUUGUCGCUGGGGUGGUACCCUAAGGAACCGUUUUGUACCUUUACAGUUAUAUAAACAUAAUACAAUGUUGUACCUUUUGGGGUACAUUACUGUUCCUUAAGGAUCUAUUUUGUACCUUUAAAGGUACAGUUAACUGUUUUUUACCCCUAAAAUUUAACUGGUACAAAAUUAUUCCGUAAGGUACACAACUGGGCCUUAGGGUAUAAUAUUCUACCCCAUAAGGUACAACAUUUCAAUGUGUUUUAUACCCAUAAAGGUAAAAAAAUUUACCUUUUAGGGUACCACCCAGGGACAGAAAAAGGAACAAUUUUAUAUCUUUUUUCCUGACAGUGUAACUUGAAUUGUUUUUAAUACUUGAGCCAAAACCGCGCUCACCUACUACUGAUUUUUCCUGCUCUAUAUAUAUAUAUAUAUAUAUAUAUAUAUAUAUAUAUAUAUAUAUAUAUAUAUUAAAGUGUCCUUGUACAAGUGUAAAUAUACAUUUAAGUGCUAAGUAAAAGAAAUUAACAGAAUUUACUUAAUAUAGGAUUAGGAUUAUGAUUGGGGUUUGGUUUAAGGUUAGUUGCAUGCAAUUAUGCAUAAAUUACCAUUAUUUAUAAUGUAAGCAUGUAACAUAACAAAGACACCGUAAAAAAUAAAGUGUUACUUUUUUAUAUAUGGAAUUCAUAAGUGAUUCAAUUCAUGCUUACUGCAUUUUCAGUUUGUAUGUGGUACUAACAGGAAUUAACCGAAUGAAUAAAGUUUGAUUUUCAUUUUUAA